ACGAUCUUGCUGAGUUUACUGUCACUGUCAGUUUUGUAUGUCAAUGAAGAUGGCGAGCCCAGUAAUCCGCGUAAUCAACCCAGAUGCCCCUCCAUAUCGUCAGCAGGCCGUAUUGGUGGCGACAAAAGAGGCCCGUUACUAUCGGGAGAAAAGGAUGCUCUUUCCCAAACCUCCACAGGAGCUGCGGAACCAGGCUACAGCCUUGGCUCAUGCAGAGAAGCUCCUUCGAGCGGAGGGUAUCCACACUCCUUCGCGUCAGCUGUGCCUGGGAAAGCUGGUGAUACCAUUUGGCCAGUAUGAAAACGCAUCUUUUCACUGGCUUGUGGAAAACGAUGUGGGCUACUUGAAGUAUAUACUUGACAAGCACAGAUCAGAGGAGACCACUCAACAUAGGGAGGGAGAGAGAGUGAACCAGGGAGUGAAAGACUACCUCAAUGAAUAUGCAGAGAGUUUCCCACAAGUCUGCAUUCUCCUGGAGGCCAACAUCGACAGGUGUAUUUACGGUCAGAGAGGGUUUGAGGAAAGCACCUUUCAGGAGAUGUGGACUCUCUACAGCAAGUACCCCACCCAAAAGGACAGGCCAGAGCUAUUCAGUGAGGAGGAGAAGGAGAUAAUAAAGAAAGCAUACAGUUCUGUGAGGAGGUGGCUGCACACACCAGUGACCCACAUCACAAGUGUGCAGAUGAAGCGGUUCAGGAAAUAUAUUGUUGACAAGGAGCAACAACCGCAGGCAAGCACCUCCAAGUGUGAUCCUUCAUCAUGGCCAGGGGACGACAGUGAACUGUUAGCUGCAAGCCAGGCUGUUGAAGACACAAUCAAACAGUUCGAGCCCCCUGUCCGGCCCAAGCAGCCCGAGCCCCUGUCCGGCCCAAGAAGCCCGAGCCCCCCUGUCCGGCCCAAGAAGCUUGAACCCGCUGUCCGGCCCAAGCAGCCCGAGCCCGCUGUCCGGCCCAAGAAGCCCGAGCCCGCUGUCCGGCCCAAGCAGCCCGGAGCCCGCUGUCCGGCCCAAGAAGCCCGAGCCCGCUGUCCGGCCCAAGCAGCCCGAGCCCGCUGUCCGGCCCAAACAGCCCGAGCCCCCUGUCCGGCCCAAACAGCCCGAGCCCCUGGCCAACUCACAGAGUCCCCGUCCACAGCACAGGAUCAUGAGGGUCAGCCUUUUCCCACGGAAUCACCUCUGAGUGACUCCCCUGUGGAGCUAGAGGGUUGGGUGCGUCUGUGGGAAAACCCCAAUGGCAUCCCAUCUGCAGACAUUUCCUGGCUCAAAGACCACAAUGAAAGAGGGCUGUUCACACCCGUUCAAAUCUAUAAGGACAAAAGUGUUUUUUCGAGUCGUGUUUUUGUGUGGCGUCCUGUUGGAGUGUGGAGGUACUCCCUGAAGUGUCCUCGAGGGGAUCAGUGUCUGGGUAGAGGACGGAACGUGCACCUCUACAAGUCUGGCUAUCACCACCGGGUACGUCACAUCUGUGACGUGUCCACCUGGUACACCAUGCUCACUGAGGUCCUGUGCUGUGGACCAUGUACAAAAGCGGCCAGAAGCGGAGAAGGUGGCACAAUGGGUCGGUGGCUUGCGUGGGAUGCCGCUAUUUUGUCCCAGCUUAGCGAGGCUCACCAAGCUAUGUUCCCUGCCAUCCUCACCAGCAAGCGUGGCGUGGAUAGGACUGUUGUGCGCCUUCUGAGGGACCGGACGGAAGGGAACACCAUGGUCAAGGUGUGGCGGCAGAUACAGGAGAACCACGUUGAAGAGUACCUUCAGCGUAAGGACCUGUACACCACACUCCUCAUGACUGUCGUGAAACCUGGAGGGAUCGUUUCUGCACUAAGGCACACUUUCCAGGCUCCACCUCCUCCAAGAGAGCUCCCCUCCGCGCGGCUCCUGCGCCACGCCUUCCUGCUGGCGGAGGCCAACAACGUGCAGGAUUACCGGAGCCAGAUCCUCUCCACUUUUGGCACUGUGCUGAAAAUGGAUUCCACCAAGAAAGUGGUGAAGAAGCUGUCUGGGGAGGGUGGAGGCUCAGCUGAGUGGUUCACCAGCAUCGGAAACGAGCACUCCCAGAUAGUUUCAUUUGUGCUGACCUGUGAGGAGUCCACAGAGAAGCUGAAACCGAUGUGCCUUGGGGUCAUGGAGAGGUUCCGGCUGGCCAAUCAACCAGUCCCAAAAAUGAUAUACGUGGACCGUGGGUGUUGCCGUGCGCAGGGCCCAACAGCGCUGGGGAUUUUGUUCCAGCCUUGGGUGGACAACGGGAUGGUUGUGCGUCUGGACAUCUUUCACUGGAUCCACCGGUUUGAUGCAGCCAUACGCACAGAGUCCCACUCGAAGUAUGCUGCAUUCAAGUCUGCGCUAGCUGGGGGAGUGCUGGCCUAUAACCGCUCAGACCUGGAGCUGCUCAUCAAGGCCAUGAGAGCCAAGGACCCGGCAACGCUGAUGACUGUGUCAGAUGAGGAUAUUGUCCGCCUCUACAUUACCAGGGAGCACCUCAAACACCACGUGCGAAGGGUCACACUGGGAGCUCAGGAAACAUUCCGGCUCAUCCAUCUGGCCAUUGAGGAGCUGAAAGGUCCCGCAGGGCUGGACGAGAGCGGAGUGAGCCUUUUCAAAACACCUGAGGCCAUUGAUGAGAUGUGGGCAGGCCAGCAGCGACACCUGGAGUGCAUCCAGGAUCCACCAGACAUGAACAUGUAUAGGGUGGCGCGUACCACAACCAUUAACAAUGUGGACCUACCCUACUACAAAUGUCUGCGUGGAAGCAACAGCCUGGAAGGAUUCCACAAAGCUCUGCCGAACAUGAUUCCAGGUCCCCACUGUGCAGCACGGCCCUAUCAGGUUUACCUGAUCAGUGGCAUUGCACGGUGGAACUCUGACAGGAGCGGGGAUGCCGUGUUUGGUGGCAAAGGACGGCACCACAGGACCUAUUCGGCGCCGCUGAUUGAUCGCCUCAACGCUCGCUGUCAGCAGCUGUUCGGAGAGACUGUGGAGGAGAAUUUCCGGGCCCCUGCUGAUGUCUCUUCCAACGAGCUGCUCGGGUUGGAGUACCUGUUCAGCCAGAGCACGGGGGAAUCUGGGCCCUUCUCUCUUCAGGACAUUGUCAACGAUGGACCUGGUCCAGAAGAGGAGGUGCUCCGACCUGGGCAGCCUGAUCCAGAUGACGCAGACGAGGCGUACCAGAGCGAUGUGGAGGCACACGACCGUGCGCUGGAUGCCGUCCUGCCCCACAUCACACUCACCAGCGACGAAACCGCCACUGUUCACCCUCCGGCCUUUGAGGAUGCCUGCAGUCCAAACCCUCUUCCUGGCUUUCCUAAGUUGGAAAUGUUCUGCUCUGUGCUGGUGGAGAUUGGCCUGGCAGAAGAAAAGCUGUCACUCACCACCGAGCAGAGAAACCAGGUCCUUAAAGCCUGGAAUGCCGUGGAGGAGCAUGACAAGCAGCCACAAAAGUUCAACCAGUUGUACAGAACACACUGGGGCAACACCCUCUACUGCCGCACAAAAAGGGACGAUCUUGUUGACGCUGCUCUGAUACAGAGGGUAAAGAUGGCCAAGCGCUACGCACCAGCGCAACAGGACAUCAGUGCUCAGCACAACAGGCUGAUGUACACGCUGGUGAAACUGUUGUGGUUGCGCUCACGCUCACCUCAAGGCUCUCGCAACAGUCCUGAGAAGAGAACCCUCUUGAAGGCGUACGAGCGAGUCCAGCACCGGAUUUUAGUGGAGGAUCCAGUCCUGUGCAAAGCAGGCAUUCCUCUACCCAAGAUUAACAGCAAGACUGUGCAGGACUUUAUCCGUCGCCAAGAGAGGCUCCUCAACUUGCACGCCACAAAACAGCCCUCCACCAUCACUAAGACCACCUCCAUCUCAUCUGCAGACCUUCCACCAGCACCACAUCAGCCUGCAGUCCUCCCUCCACCAGACUACCCCCUGAUGGAAUAUGUGCCCACACCCAGCACAGCAGGGACCAAGGUGUUAAAGGGAAGGACAGAUAUGAUGGCACCACUCUCCCGGCCUCAGCCACCGAUGCCACAUUUGCUACUGCCACCACCAGUGAGAAAACCCAACGCCCCCUCUACCAUCAACAGACCUGUGCCCUCCCUCUCUGCAUCUACAGCAACCCCAGGAAUUGCUGGCCCCUCCACAUGGCCCAUAAUGCCUGCUAGUGAGGCAAAUCCAGGGAUUGAUGGUCCACCUAAAUCAGUCCCUCCAACUCUGCCCAAAAUGCCUACUACAAUUGGCACAGCACACAGUAGUAGUACUUCAUUCUGGGCAAGAGCUACGCAAUUCAAGCGGAAGCAUAAGGAACACUCCUCAGAAGUAGGAGCCAAAGUGUCAAGGGUGCAAAAUCUCCCUGUCUGUACACUCUGUGGCCAAACAACCCAGGGACAUAAAAAAUACAAAAAAAAGAGUUUCUGCCCUACAAAUAUGAUGUCCCCAUCAAAAGGUCUGGACAACAAAGUGUACAGCAGCUACGAACACUUCACCUCUGUUGUUGACAAGUUGUAGUAAUAUAAAUAUGUUGUAAUAAAUCUGUAAAUAUGGGACGGUUGCAUUGUACAUAUGGUAAAUAGGCUUUGAUUUUAUGACAUUUUAUAUUGUCUAACUUAUAUUGUCUACACUGUAGUGCUGUGUUUUUUAUAAGUGUUCCCCAAUAUACAUGCACUUUAUUCAUUAAAGUGGUCAGUGCUACAGUAACAGUUGUGGAAUAUCAAUUAAUGAAUUGAACAAUGGGGUUAUAUUUGUAUGUAUCAAAACAUAAAGACACAGAUAAAGUAA